AUGUGGGCCCCUUUCGAGGAGCGCAGCGGGGUGGUGCCGUGCGGGACGCCGUGGGGCCAGUGGUACCAGACGCUGGAGGAGGUGUUCAUCGAGGUGCGGGUGCCGCUGGGCAUGCGCGUGCAGGACGUCCAGUGCGGCCUGCAGAGCCGGCACGUGGCGCUGGCCGUGGGCGGCCGCGAGAUGCUCAAGGGCAAGCUCUUUGAUUCCACUAUAGCUGAUGAAGGAACAUGGACUUUGGAGGUUAGAAAAAGGGUCCGCAUUGUUCUUACAAAGACAAAGAGAGACGCAGCCAACUGUUGGACUUCCCUUCUAGAAUCUGAAUACGCCGCUGAUCCUUGGGUACAAGACCAAAUGCAGAGAAAGCUCACAUUAGAGAGGUUCCAAAAAGAAAGUCCUGGCUUUGACUUCAGUGGAGCUGAAAUCUCAGGAAACUACACAAAAGGUGGACCAGAUUUCUCAAACCUUGAGAAAUAACUUCAGUUCUUUAGAAAAGAAAAGCUUUUGGUUACAUUGUGUGGAUCAUAGCAGGUAUAGCCAAUGUUAAUAUAAGCAGUAUAUUAUGUGGUGGAAGAAAAAAAUAGGAUACCUACAAUUAACAAAUUGCAAAGCUAUUUAAAUAUGGUUCUAAAAAUUGCAUUAAGAUAUGAUUUA